AUGGUCUCGGACAAGUCGCUGUUCACGACCUAUCGCCAUAUCGCUCCUACGAAGAUUGGUGGUAUUGCAGGGGGCAUCAACGCCAUCGGAACGGGAAACAUCGCCUUCAUUGCCGCCUCGGGUCAUCCGAUCACGCUUACCGGCGUGCUGCACACUCCGGGCCUGUUUGUCAAUCUUCUCUCGGUCUCUCGACUUUGCGACACCGACGAUGUCCAUGUCGCCUUCACAAAACACGGCAUCCACAUUGACAAGGACGGCAACGACAUCGCUGAAGGCGCACGACUCGACGAAGGGCUCUACUUGCUGGACGCUGAUCAUUCCAAAUGUCAGCACCUUGCUCUCCUUUCUCGCUCACAGUCGUCCGUGCCCCUGCUGACUCUCCAUCGCUGCCUCGGCCAUCUCGCACCGUCCUCCAUACAGAAGAUGGUUGCCGCUGGUUUGCUGGAGGGUCUCAGGGCCGGAUAUAGUGACGAAGAGGUAGAGAAGUUUGUCUGCAAUGCUUGCCUCAGCGCAAAGGGCCAUCGUCUUCCCUCUCCCGAUUCGGAUUCGCACUCCUCAGAGAGACUCGGCCUUGUACACAGCGAUGUGCUUUCCUUCCCCGAGCGGUCCUUGACUGGCAAACGUUACCUGGUCACAUUCCUUGACGAUUACUCGCGCAAACUCUGGGCCUACGCAAUCGGACACAAAAGCGAAGUCUUCGGCAUAUUCAAAACUUGGCUAGCCGAGGUUGAACUCGAGACGGGUGCGACGCUGAAGGUCCUCCGAACCGACAACGGUGGCGAAUACUGUUCGAGAGCGUUCACAGAGUUCUGCAAGACACGAGGCACCCGUCGACAAUACUCUAUCCCACGCACGCCUCAACAGAACGGUCGUGCAGAGCGGGUCAAUCGUUCCAUUGUCGAAGGCGUCCUUGCCCUCCUUGUCGACGCCCACCUACCCAAGACAUUCUGGGAGGAGGCUGCAGCUUAUUUCGUUUACUGCAAGAACCUGUGUCAACACGCGGCCCUGGACAAGGCAACACCAAACUCCGUCUGGCAGGGUGACCACACCACUGCCUCGGCGCUUCACCCGUUCGGCUGUACAGCUUGGCUUACGGUCGCGCCCGAACUUCGCUCCAAACUCGACCCGAAGGCGGUUCGCGUUUUUUUCACCGGCUACGACCUGGCUUCAAAAGCCUUUCGCUUCUACGACACUACAACACAGAAGAUUAUACUUGGCAGAAAUGCCACGUUCCUCGACACUGAAUUCCCCGGAUUACAUGGCGACCCCACUGAGCAAGACGGCGACACGCACUUCGCCAGCGCUCCCACCACCGAAUCUCAAACCGUUGUCAAGACAUGGACCCCACUAGUAAGGUCGGCGCACAUGGACGUCUCAUCCCCCCUUGAUGAUUCUGCCAUGAGCGCCGUUGACGUGGCCCCAGGGUACACUGGCGGAACCUUACUUAACUUCACAGAUGCCGAAUCGUCCUCGUCACCGUCGCCUGCGUCGCCCUCAUCACCGUCGUCUGCGCCAUCGCCUGCACUUUCACCAUCGUCGGCUGCGUCAUCGUCACCCUCGGCCUUACCGACCGACUCUGAAGACUCCGCCGAUCCCCUCGACCUCCUCGGCUCACAGCCCCAGGUUCGCCUCGAUCUACAGGACGUGCACCACCCAGACUUCAGCACGUACCGCGAGCCCGCAUCGGCUGAGGAGUCGCCCGACGAACUCGACCUCAUUGGGCGCCACUCUCGCGACGAAUCUCCGGACGAAAUCGAUUUCCUCACCCGACACCACCGCGCCUUCAUCGCCAUCGACGACGACACCUCUGACACAGAGGCAAUUCAGCCAGUCAAGUCCAUCACGAGCGACCCACAGACCUGGCGCGAGGCGAUGUCUAGCGACAAGCGUGAAGUAUGGGCCAAAGCCGCCACCGACGAGUUCACCUCCAUGCGCGACGACUUCAAGGUCUUCACCAUCGAGGACCGAGCCACGGUGCCCGCGGGUGCGACUAUCGUUACAUCCAAGUUCGUCUGGAAAACGAAACGGAACGCACUCGGCGAAGUCACUGGACACAAGGCAAGGCUGGUCGCGCAAGGCAAUCGGCAACGCGACGGCAUCGACUUCAACGAAACGUUCGCACCGGUCGCACGCUUCUCCUCGAUACGCUCACUCCUCGCGCUGGCGGCCGCCAACGGCUUGCACGUGCACCAGGCGGACAUCGACAAAGCAUAUCUGCAUGGCGACCUUGACCACGACAUCUGGAUGACGGCACCGCGCGGCUUCGACCUUCCCAGCGACAAGGUGCUUCGCCUGCGACGCUCCAUCUACGGGCUCAAACAGGCUGGCCGAAUCUGGAAUCGACACAUCGACGCUUCGCUUCGGGCCCUCGGUUACACGGCGACGGGCACCGACCACUGCGUAUACUCUUGGCUCGAUGAUCGUCAAUGUCCACACUACAUCGCACUGUACGUCGACGACCUCCUGAUGAUCAGCCCGGAACUGGCCGAAAUCGAACGUGUCAUCUCAGGCCUGGACCAACGCUACGGAGUCAAGCGCCUCGGCCCGGCCGAGUAUAUCCUCGGCAUCCAGAUCAGGCGGUUCGACGACGGCUCUAUCGCCCUAUCCCAGGAACGGUACAUCAUGGACGUGCUCGCUCGGUUCCACUUCGACACCACGACUCGCGGCACUACAGUUCCGAUGACUCCCGGCCUUUCGCUCACUGCUAUCCCGGGUCAAGGCACCGAACGGAUCAGGUCAUGGUAUCUGCAGGCUAUCGGCUCGCUCCUCUACAUUUCGCUCGGUACCCGCCCUGACAUCGCCUUCGCCGUGUCCUACCUGGCCCGCUUCGCCAACAACCCCGGUCGUCGUCAUUGGAUUGCGGUCAAGCACAUCCUACGCUAUCUCCGGGCCACGUAUCGCAACGAACUCGUGUAUGCUCGCGGCCAGGCUCGCAUCACGGGUGUGGUAGGCUACUCCGACGCGAACUGGGGGGCCUGCAUCGACACAUCGGUGUCCACCAUGGGCUACGUCUUCUACAUCGCUGGCUCGGCCGUGUCCUGGUCGUCCAAACGCCAGUCUCGAGUUGCCGAUUCGACCACCGACGCUGAAUACCUCGCCCUCUCGCAUGCUGGCAAGGAAGGGAUUUACCUCAGUCAGCUGCUCGAAGAGCUCCAUGUACAACCUGUUGCACCGGCUCACAUCUUUACUGACAACGAAGCCGCUGCUGCAGUUGCUCACGAUCCUGUCCGCGUCUCUGGCACUCGGCACAUACGCUUGCGUGAGCACUUCGUUCGGGACAUGGUGAAUCGGGGCGACAUCUCUCUCUCGCAUGUGGGUACCAGCGACAUGGUGGCCGACAUCUUCACCAAGGCUCUCGGCCCAAAGGUCUUCUCAACGCACUGCUACGCCCUCGGCCUUCGCACUCGACACCCGCGGCUUGGGUCUGCCUCGCAUUCGCGUGGGGGGGGUGUGAAGAGUCCACUCUCAGCUCGACAGGGGCGCCUCGGUCGUUGCGCGCACUUGCUAGCCCGCCCCCGGCGGUGGGGACUUAGACGCGCGCGACUGCCUCAGCGCGCCAGCGCCGGCGGAUUCAUGCGCGCGCCCGCUAGCCCGCCCCCUUGCGGUGGGGACUUAGGCGCGCCGGCGAUUUCACCCGCGGCUGACUUAGGGAUGUACAUUGUCACGCGCCUGGGACUAUCCCAGCGUGGCCCCCCCUUUCUGUUUCUUAGCUUCCUUCUCAUCACUUCUGUUCGACUCUCAACCUCUCCUGACAGUAGUGGUGAACGUCUCAUACUCUGACUACUCCGCCGACCCUCUGGACCUCAUCGGCUCACAGACCCCGACUCGCCUCGGCCCACCGGACGUGCACCGCCCAGACUUCAGCACGUACCGUGAGCCCGCAUCGGCUGAGGAGUCGCCCGACGAACUCGACAUCAUUGGGCGUCACUCGCGCGAUGAAUCGCCGGAUGAAAUCGAUUUCCUCACCCAACACCACCGCGCCUUCAUCGCCACAGACGACGACGACCCCACCCUCGACGCCAUCGAGCCCGUCAAAUCGAUCACUAGCGACCCCCAGACCUGGCGCGAAGCAAUGUCCAGCGACGAGCACAACAUCUGGGCUGAGGCCGCCGCCGCCGAGUUCACCGCCAUGCGCGACGACUUCAAGGUGUUCACCAUCGAGCCUCGCUCAUCUGUACCGCCGGGCGCCACCAUCGUCACCUCCAAAUUCGUCUGGAAGACCAAGCGCAACGCAAGCGGUGAAGUCACGGGGCGGAAGGCACGUCUUGUAGCGCAGGGUAACCGACAGCGCGACGGCAUCGACUUCUCAGAAACCUUCGCACCCGUCGCCCGUUUCUCCUCCAUUCGCUGCCUCCUGGCUCUUGCCGCUGCCAAUGGCUAUCACGUUCAUCAGGCCGACAUCGACAAGGCUUACCUCCACGGCGAGCUCGAUCAUGAUAUCUGGAUGACGACACCACGCGGUUUCGACUUCCCGAGCGAUAAGGUUCUCCGGCUGCGACGCUCAAUCUACGGUCUCAAGCAGGCCGGUCGCAUCUGGAAUCGUCACAUUGACACAUCACUCAGGAAUCUGGGGUACAAGGCAACAGGCACUGAUCACUGCAUUUACUCUCGCAUUGACGAUCAGCAGCGGCCUCACUAUAUCGCCUUGUAUGUCGACGACCUCCUCAUUGUCAGUCCAGCCCUCGACGAGAUCGAACGUGUCAUCUCCGGCCUUGAACAGCGGUACGGCGUCAAACGACUCGGCCCCGCGGAGUACAUCCUCGGAAUCCAAAUACGCCGCCUGGACGACGGUUCCAUUGCUCUAUCCCAGGAGCGCUACAUCAUGGACGUGCUGGCCCGUUUCCACUUCGACACCACGACACGCGGCACUACGGUGCCGAUGACGCCCGGCCUCUCGCUCACGGCAAUUCCGGGUCAGGGAACGGAGCGCAUUCGUUCGUGGUACCUACAGGCCAUCGGCUCCCUCCUCUACAUCUCCCUUGGCACUCGACCCGACAUUGCCUUCGCCGUCUCGUACCUGUCCCGGUUCGCCAACAACCCCGGCCGCCGCCAUUGGAUUGCCGUCAAACACGUCCUUCGCUACCUUCGCGCCACGUACCGCGAUGAGCUUCUCUAUGCCCGCGGCCCAGCAAAAGUCACGGGUGUGGUUGGUUAUUCUGAUGCGAACUGGGGCGCCUGCGUCGACACAUCCAUUUCAACGAUGGGCUACGUAUUUUACUUGGCAGGCGCCGCUGUCUCUUGGUCGUCGAAGCGUCAGACUCGGGUAGCGGAUUCCACCACUGAUGCCGAGUACCUGGCCUUGUCGCACGCGGGUAAGGAAGCGAUCUACCUUAACCAACUCCUCUCCGAGCUCCACGUUUGCCCAAUCGCUGCAGCUCACAUCUUCACCGACAACGAGGCCGCGGCCGCCGUCGCUCACGACCCCGUUCGCACCUCCGGCACCCGGCACAUUCGCCUCCGCGAGCAUUUUGUCCGUGACAUGGUCAAUCGAGGUGAUAUCUCUCUCUCACACGUUGGCACAGCAGACAUGGUUGCGGACGUAUUCACCAAAGCGCUAGGCCCCAAGAUUUUUGGUACACAUUGCUAUGCUCUAGGCCUCCGGACGCGACAUCCACGGCUCAAGUCUACCUCGCGUUCGCGUGGGGGGGGGUGUGAGGAAUCCACUCUCCGCUCGGCUCAGGACUUAGGCGCGCGGAGCGAACCGGGCGCGGACUUAGGCGCGCGGAGUGAGCCGGGUGCCCCGGCCCAGGACUUAGGCGCGCGAAGCGAGCCUGGGACUUAG